CCCUGGUCCGUCACCUGUGGCAGCCUGGCUGCCAGUAAGUCCCUCUUCUGUCAUUGUCCCUGAUCUCCCUCCAGCAGUGCCCCUACCUCUCCGUGCUGAAAAGCCAGAUAGACCUUCUCGCGGUGCUGAUACUGUUAUACCUCCUGGUGCUCUGGUGGCUGCUGCUGAGCUUUCUAGAUCUUCCUCUCUGUCAGUCAGCAGUUUGUUGGAAGAGAAGGGCUGUCAGAUUCCUGUACUAAGACAACCAGCAUUACCAAGUCUUCUGGGCCCCCAAGGGCAAUCAAUGCCCACGACUGGUCAUCCAACGAGAGCCAGUACACCUCGCUCGGCGGGUGGCAGACCAGGCUGGGACCUAAGUUCCAGUCGAGGACGCCUGCGUGGUGAACGUACCCAGAGGACCCAAGCCCCAACGCUACCAGCAUCAACAGCAGUCUUCGUGCCAGCGCCUCCGCCUUCCUUGUACCCUCCACCACCCCAAGCACUUCCUCUUCUACCGGGGGCACUACGACCACAGUUUCCUCCCCAGUUUCCACCUGCUCAGCCUCCAUCUGCCAGCUACACUGACUCCCCUCCAGGAUAUCCCCCAGCUCCUGCAAACACGUCAUCAGCCUGGGUACCAACAGCAGUACCAACGGCGCAUUCCGAUCCCAUCCCAGUGACACAAGCUCCUCCUUUAUCUAGGGAGGAGUUUUACAGAGAACACCAGCGACUGGAAGAGGAGCUUUUUUCUUGCAGAUGGCAAACGUGCAAAACUAAAAGAAGACAAACGUAAUUCUAAAACUGUCCCUUCAACUUACAGGAAUUCUAAACUGGUUUUGCUUAAAUAGGACAUGCACCUUUUGCGCUUGCAUGCAGUAUACGUUUUCUCACGUUGGGCACGGUUUGUUUCUUGGUGUCGUUUUGUCCUAAAGGUCAAACUCUAAUUGUAAUAAAGGUCAAACAAAUGCUUUUGCUAAGGAGUUGAUGGAAUACAAAAGGUGCAAAAGGAGCGCAGGCGUUCAUUUUCCAGGCAAGUGCUCGACAUGUCCAUAAUGGAGAAGCAGAUUGUCUAGAAGAAUCAGGAGGAGUUCCGCUCCACCCCUCGGUCAUUCGAUGGACUGGAUGGUUCGAGGCGUUAGCAGUGACAGGAGUUUCAUAUGUAGCUUACUAGCUCAGAUACAUGGCAGAGGUUGCUGAGGAGAAAUAACUGGACUCCAGACGAUCCAAUGUGAAUCAACAGAAGCCGUUUAUUAAGCACAGAUCAUCAUCUUUUAUACCCUGCGUUGUAGCUGUACACGCCACUCGCUUAUUUCUGAUUAGCCAGUUACACUGACCACGCGCUGUGCAUGCCGUUAAUCCAUACAUCAGAUUGGUUACAAGAAUUUGCGUCAUAAAUUGCUUAGUCAUUAGCACAACAUGUUUUCUGCCUUCUCAGUCCCGUUUUUCCCAUGUACUAAUUCCAUCUUCUACCACCUGUUUUGCCCUUAAUCUAAUCUCUCACAGUAGGGAGCCUGGCUCACAUGGCCAUUUUCUCUCAGAUACACUCCUACAAUACCCCCUUUUUCUUCUUGAGCCAGACAGACCUUAUGCAUGGC